AUGACAGCACACAUCUCUCCUCGACCGCCGUCCAUCGUCAUGAACAUGCAUAUGUGGAUAUCAGCCAUAUGGACUUUCACAACGUUUUUCAGGUUGAUUGCGAUGUUUGAUAUUUACGGGGAUAUAUGUGGAGGCCUGUGUGUGUGUGAAGAAAGAGAGGGUGUUUUCACCGCCAGCUGUGAGAACAGAGGGAUUAGCAGUCUGGCGGAGGUGAUGCCUUUACACUUCACUGCGUAUCAUCUUCUGCUCACAGGGAAUCUGCUCAAGAAAGUCUCGCUCAACGACUUCGUUCAGUACGAAGGACUCCGUAUUCUACAUCUAGGCAACAAUGAUAUAUCAGAAAUCGAAGGUGGUGCGUUUAACGGACUUCAGGGAUUAAAACGACUGCAUCUGAACAAUAACAAAAUCGAAGUGUUGAAGGACGACACGUUCCUCGGACUUGAAAGCCUGGAGUACCUGCAGAUUGACUAUAAUUACAUCAGCCACGUUGAGUCGAAAGCCUUGAGCGUUUUACGUCACUUAGAGGUACUCAUCCUCAAUGACAACCUUCUCUCCGCUCUGCCGCACAACAUCUUUCAGUUCGUUCCAUUAACGCAUCUCGAUCUAAGAGGCAAUCAGCUGAAAGUGCUUCCCUACAGCGGGCUCCUGGAGCACUUGAGUCGCCUCGUGGAGCUGCAGCUCGAGGACAACCCCUGGAACUGCUCCUGCGAGCUCAUCGCACUCAAAGCCUGGCUCGAGAGCAUCUCCUACACGGCUUUAGUUGGAGAUGUUGUCUGCGAGACGCCGUUUCGACUUCACGGUCGAGACUUAGACGAGAUCUCCAAGCAGGAGUUGUGUCCUCUGAGAGCAAUCGCCGAGUACGACAUGCGUGCAGAACCGGCUCACGGCGGCGAGAUCCUCUACAAAAGCACACCGGCGACGUCAGCCCCGGGCUUCGCCUCCUCCACAGUCCUGCGCGCCACUAAAUCCAGCCGACCCCCGGGAAAGCUCCGCGUUAAACCGACUGCUCGCUCCACUAGCAAGCCGCAGAACUACGGCCCGAUGUUAGCCUUCCAGACGAAGUCCCCGGUUCCCCUGGACUGUCCGAACGCUUGCUCCUGCAAUCUGCAGAUCUCAGACCUCGGGCUGAACGUGAACUGCCAGGAGAGGAAGAUCGAAAGCAUCUCGGAUCUCAAUCCCAAGCCGUACAAUCCUAAAAAGAUGUAUUUAACGGGGAACUACAUCUCUGCGGUGUGCAGCUCGGACUUUAACGGCGCGACCGGACUUGAUUUGCUCCACUUGGGAAACAAUCGCAUCUCCGUCGUUCAUGACCGGACGUUCAGCCAGCUCAUACAUUUAAGACGCUUGUACUUAAACGGGAACUUAAUCGAGCGCCUCUCCGAGGAUAUGUUCUAUGGGCUACAAAGCUUGCAGUUUUUAUAUUUGGAGUAUAACGUGGUUCGGGAGAUUGCGAACGGUGCUUUUCAACAGGUUCCCAAUCUUCAGCUUCUGUUCCUCAAUAACAACCUCCUCAAGACUCUUCCCCCGGGCGUCUUCCACGGAUUAAACCUCGCGCGAGUGAAUCUACGCGGCAACCACUUCCGCAGUCUGCCGGUCGCCGGCGUCCUGGAGGACCUGGCGGAUCUGGUGCAGAUCGACCUCUUCGAGAACCCCUGGGAUUGCUCGUGUGCCGUGGUGGAGAUGCGGAGCUGGCUGGAGACACUCGGCGCCGGGGUCGUUUUAAACUCCGUCGCGUGCGAAUCUCCCCCGAGGCUCUCGGGCGAAGACAUGCGCUUCAUUCGCUCUUAUCAACUUUGCCCGGAAACCUCAAACGUUCAGUCUUCCGUAGCGUCGCCUUCGGAGGAAUCCGUUCCCGGAAGCACCAUCACUUUAGAAACUUUGGAUUAUGACGUGCACAAUCCCACGGUUCCACUAUCAGUGCUGAUUCUCGCCUUGCUGAUGCUUUUUAUAUUAUCCGUGUUUGUCGCGGCAGGGCUUUUCGCUGUUAUAAUGAAGCGCCGGAAAAAGUCGGAGCGGUUAGCUUCGGCAAACGCCAGUGCGAUUUAUACCGAUAAGGCCAGAGCGUCGGCGAGCCACGUGUACGAGUUCAUCCCGCCGGCGGCCGAGAGCCUAGCGAAGAAUAACGCCGAGGGAAACGCGAUGGAGAGAUACAGGGACUUCGAAGAACUCAGAGUUCUGGCGUCGAACUCGGAUGAUGAAGUCCGGAGCCGAUCCGAGUUCAGCGCGGGAACGCCGGAUACGCUAAACACACACUCGCUUCUGGACGACAACUACUUUUACCGGGAGAUCUUGGCCAGGGACCAGCCGGGCUCGUACAGGGGGAGUUUAGCAUGCAAGCAUCAGUACUCGGAUCACCAGUACUCGAGUCCCGAGCGGGUCCAGGGCCAGUUCUUGAGUCCCGAGCGGGUCCAGCAAACCGUGAUGUUCUGCUCCCCGCCGGCCGCCGUCUACAUCGAGCCCAGCCGGAGCCAGUACUGGGAGCUCAAAGCCAAGCUGCACUUCGAGCCCGACUAUCUGGAGGUUCAUGAGAAAAGGACAACUUUCACUCAGUUCUGAAAUAUAU